AUGUCUAAUGGUUCAAAGUUGAGCUUUGGUGAUGCUUACUCUGCUCAGUCCGUUGAUAGAGGAGAGAAAAGGCCGUUGAAGGAAACAGAGAGACACGCCAUUCACUGGGUUAGAAAAGACCUUCGAUUGCACGACAAUCCUUCCCUUUUAGAAGCAGUAAAAGGAAGUGAUACUCUAAGAGUAAUUUAUGUUCUAGACACGAAAGUAGAACACUGUUCCGGUAUUGGUCCAAACCUUUGGAGAUUUUUACUUCAGUCUCUGGAAGAUGUGGAUGAUAGUCUUCGUAAACUGAACUCUCGCUUGUUUGUUGUCAGAGGACAACCUGCCGAUGUUUUCCCUCGUUUAUUCCGGGAAUGGAAAACAUCGCUUCUGACGUUCGAGGAAGAUUCCGAACCUUUCGGAAGGGAGAGAGAUGCAGCAAUCCGCAUGCUUGCUCAAGAAUCUGGAGUAGAAGUUGCUGUUCGACGCUCGCAUACUUUAUAUGAUCCACAACAGUAAGUCAGUUUAAUAUUAAGGAUUGUGGAACACAGGGAAAAUAGUACAUGUACGGUACUCGUUGGGGUUCAGUACGAUUCACUUUCCUCUGUUUUUCAGUAGUAGUGUUUACGACAACAGGAAAUAAAAUGUAAGCUUAAAUGCAAGGAUAAAAUCGUACUACAACCAACAUAAACAAGGAUUGAGGUGUCAAAGGAGCUCUUCGUAAUUUUUUUCCGUAUUGUCUAUCUUAACAUGAAUCUGAGUUGGAAAUUGGUCCUACUAUACCGCACAGUGUGAGGCCUGUUUCAAGCAUCAUGCUACUGCUGUGCUAAGCUGGCUCGACUGUAGCUUGACUGCAACACGACAGUAGCGCGACGUUUGAAACCAAGUCAAGCUACUGCCGUCUAGUACGGCAAAGCUCGCCGUGCUACACAGCAGGUAAGCAUGACUUGGUUUCAAACGUCAUGCUAGUGCCGUGCUAAAGUCGAAUUUAAUUCAAUCAAUUUAUUUUGGCACAGCAGUAGCAUGGCAUUUAAAACGGGCAUAAUAGGUGUGAGGACACUAUCAAUGGUAUGAAAAUCCCUUGUUGUAGCAAGGGAAGAAAUCUUGGCUAUUUGCCUGUGUGCAAGCUCUACCUCAGCUCAUGAAGAUCAUGCUUUGGAAACCUUAUGUGUGAUCAACAUGUUUAAUGGUGAAAGGCUGAGGAAAUCAGAUACAUAUUACAGAGUUUUACAAAAAGAACUUCAGUUUGCACAGCUGCAUCGAAGUGGUGUCAAAUUUUGUUUUUACGUUAUUCAAAUGUUCAUCAGUGCGAGGAAAAACAGAGUAAUGGGUAAAAGAGCGCAAACAUAAGUAUCUACUGAAACACUGAAAGGGCAUAAAAUAAUGAUUGCUCUCUUGUUGUGCAAAUUGUUUUUCUAUCCCAUCUCCUUCCCCUACCUCUCCGCCUCAUACCGCCAUUACGGAGCUUUAGCAACGACUAAGGCGUUACGGCUAUGAGAACAGCAAAAAACCAAAAUGUUAAGAUUAGCAAAACAACUCUGCAUGUGCGGUACACCACGCUUUUUUUGUACAUUUCUUGCACUGUUGCCUGACUGGGACUUAAAACUUCCUUAUUCCAUGUUUUAUGAAAACAAGAAAACAAUUAAAGUCUUCUUUUUCUGACCUUAGAUAUGGUCUUUUAAAAACUGAACUCCAAAACAAUAUGUCAACAUUUGUCAAAUAAUAUUGAACAAGUCUGAAGGAACAUAAUUUAUUCACUUUUUGUGUCUGACGUUUUCGCUGCUGUAGCCAUGGUAGAAUAAAGAUGCUAAAGCUUCUUAUUAGUGUUUAGGGGAAGGUAGGAGGAAAGAGAAGGUUCCUUUUCACCAGGUAAAGUAAAGAAUGUAAAUCAUGUCACUAAGUAAUAAAGAAUUCCUCUCAUCUUCUAGGAUCAUUUCAAAAAAUGGUGGAACAGCACCCCUGACAUACAAAAAAUUUCUGGCUAUUGUACGUCCACAAGGUCCCCCUGAAACCCCCUACCCUACGUUAGAUGUGCAUUUAUUUGGGGGCUGUUCUACCCCUGUCUCUGAGGACCAUGAGGAAAAGUUUGGGGUGCCAUCACUAAGAGAACUAGGGCUGGAUAUAUCAAAGCUUUCUGCUGAAGUGUGGCAUGGUGGAGAGGCAGAAGCUCUGAUCAGACUCGACAGACAUCUAGAGAGAAAGGUUGAGUUUAAUUAUUUCACUUGUUGCUGCAGAUAACGUGGACACAAAACAUAAGAAGUUCAAGAAAUUUGAUUGUUUUGUGUAUUUGUUUUGUUUCUUUUUUAUUACAUCUCAAAAAAGAAAAUGAGCUCACUUACUUGAAAUGUCAAUGGCAAAGGUUUGCUUUCAAAAGCAAAUCUUUGCUGACAUCAUUGUUUACAAUUUUUUAAUUACUGUCAUUAUAGGAAGUAAAUCAUAGAAGGGAUUGCCUGAUAUAAAAAUUUAGUUCAAAAGUUAGAAGAUAUUAACCAGAGCAAUUUGUGCAAUUUUCAGCUUUUUAUAAGCAAAUCAAAGAAAAUAGCAGCCAUGGAAAACUACGAAAUUGAAUCAAACAUGAAUCAGCCUAAACAUUAUUUAAAAAAUUUUCCAAAACUAUUUUGGUAUUUUGGGCUAACAUUUUCAUAGAUAAGUACCAGUAGUAUGGUUGUGACCUUUAAAAUAUUCAGAGUUGUUGCUUUAAUAGCUUGAUCAGAGAAUGAGAAGCAUAUUGAAAUGAGCCAAAAAAUGCAAACAAAGAUUUGUCUUAUAUUACUACAAAACUAAUUUUAUCAUUUUUUAAUCACACAGGCCUGGAUAGCAAGCUUUGAAAAACCAAAAGUGACUCCAAAUAGUUUAUUUCCGAGUCCCACAGGAGUGAGCCCUUAUCUUAGGUUUGGAUGCUUAUCACCAAGGCUAUUCUACCACAGACUUGCAGAGCUCUACAGAAAGGUGAGUGAUGGAAGCAGCAACAUUAUUUUGAUAGUCGUGGUCUUUAGGUGGUACAGUCAGCUCUCUCUUGACCCUUUAAAGCCUAAUAUCAAAAUUUGAAUUCUCAAUGGGCUGUCCCUAUUCAUUUCCUACAGAAGUAAUGGGGAGAAGUUGAUAAAAAUAAAAUUAAUAUCAAGCAAAUAAUUCACCUUGUGUGAUCAUGUCCGUAAUUCUCAUGACCACUAGAUGUUUUACAAAGCAUUCAUAUUACAAGGAGAAAUUUGAUGCUGAUCACUUUUAGGGCUUAAAGGGUUAAUGGACACCUCUCAGUGUUGUCAAAAGUAGCCGGCUGCCGGCAAAUAUCGCUGCCUACUUCAUUAGUAUCAGCUGGCUACUCUGCUUUGCAUUUCUUCACGGAUGGCGUUUUUUUAAGUAAAAUAUCCCUGGACUGGUCUCUUACUUUGACAACUCAGCCAUGUACUUCAAAACUUUCUGACAACCCUGAUAUUCUCUACAAGAUCUACAUGGACACCUUGCUAAAAUGGGCACGUAGUGUUGGUUCAAUCCUUGCCUUUCUCUACCAAUUUUAUAAGUAGACUAUCCAUAAGAUGGACAUCCCUCUAAAGCCCCAUCCACACAUCCAAAUACUUUUGAAAAUGGAUACUUUUUUCCUCCGUUUUUAGAAAAUAUGUACCAUGCAGAAAAUAUGGGCGCUUUCCAUUUAGUCAAAAUUUCCGGAAUUUCCGGUUCGGCGGUAAAUGGAACACGUUUCGUCGGUUCGUCCCACUGGAAAAUUUCCAGAAAAAGUGGAAAAUCUAAAAAGGUGGUCCCGUUUUCCCGGUUGGAAUUUCCGAACGGAAUGUCGUGUUCCAUUUACGUGUCUCGUAGUUUGUACUAGUUCCAGGUCCACGGUCGGGCACCGCCACGUACCGAGGUUUACGACCAAAUGGAACAACUUUUUACCAAUCGGAAAUUCCACUUUUGCUACCAACGAAAUUUCCGGGUUUUUUUCGUAAAUGGAAAGCGCCCUAUGUGUCCACACCAAAAUGCUACAACAAUGGAAAUGUGGCAGCAUCUCUUACUAAACAUGCUACUAGCAUAUGAUGUUUGACAUCGCUUUUCAUUUGUCCACAUGUAGAUUAGAAGCCUGCGCUUUCAAAAAUCUUCACUCUGGAGACUGUUUUUGAAAAGAUAAUUAUUUAUUUAUGUUUUUGGUGACCAUUUUUGAAAAGAUGUGUUUUUGGUGACUGUUUUAACCAGAUACGUGUGAAUGGUCGGCCAUACUGGAGAAAAAAAAUCUCUUUUUUCCAACAAAAACAGAUACGUGUAGGCGGGGCCCAAGACAAACAAAUGCGGCUGGCCUCAAAGGUGCCUUUCUAAGAAAGAGUUGACUGAAUUACUGUACAUAAUGUUUCAUCCAACUUGUCUUGUGGUUAUUAUGUCCCUUUGUGAGACAGCAGCACAAGAUGUACAUGUAGCUGAGUUACAACACCCCUGAAAUAAACACAAUCAGUGUUCUCCCAAGGGUCUUGGGAAGGCAAGGGGGCAUUCUUACAAAAUCCUUAUCUAGCAUAAUACAAAAUAAAGACUUACAAAAUUAGCAAGUUGGAGUGAAGUGUCAUGCUCUCUAGGAAGUACCUGUUAACCUCCCACAUUUUUGAGCCCCACCCAAACAGCACAUCCUUGCCUUACUCUUCGGGCCCUUUGAUUGUGAUUGUGUCUUUAUUGAGUUUUUCUUUACUUAUGGACAGGAUCACAGUUCCAGAUGUUAAACUACGUAAGGUUUCUUCAGUUUUAAGCCAGGUGGCCACGACUCAUCAAUGAAUCAAGCCGGGCAGCCCGCGUGGCGUGAAAUACCUGGGGGGAACACUGACAAUUUCACUCACUUAAAAUGUAGAACAUGAUUCUGUGUAUUUAAGUUUUAAAGAUGACAAAGUAAAUUUUUAUCUGGUUUUUAGGUAAAAUGCAAAGAGCCUCCAAUUUCUUUGUAUGGUCAGCUAUUGUGGCGGGAAUUCUUCUUCACUGUGGCAGCCAAUAAUCCUAAUUUUGAUAAAAUGGCUGCAAAUCCAGUCUGUUUGCAGAUACCAUGGAAAAAGAACCCAGAGAAACUUAAGAGAUGGGAAGAGGUUUGUUGGUAUUCAUUACAUUAAUUUGUUGUGACUGCUGGCGCAUUAUUGCCAUCGAGUUAGUUUUCCGAAAGUAAGUAAGUAACAAUAGAAUAUACUUCGGAGCCAAUCAGCAUACUCAGUUUUCCGAAAGUGAGUAAGUAACAAUAGAGUUAAUACUUUGGAGUCAAUCAGCAUACAAAGAUAACCAUUUCUCGUAUUUCCGGUUGUCGCUAACACACGUACUAAAUCAAUUCAGAAGCAAAUAAAAAGUGUCAAGAAUGAUAAAGUAGGAAGUAAAAACCCUCUCUCUUUUUUCCUUGCUCCUCUUUUCCUUUCAUCCACCAUAGUUGGCUGAAUCAUCAAAGAUAUUUAUUCAUUGUUCAAAAAAGAAUGAGAGAAAGUAGCCUCCUUACUUGACUUUUGUUUCCAGGGAAAGACAGGUUUUCCAUGGAUAGAUGCCAUUAUGAUACAGUUACAACAGGAAGGCUGGAUCCAUCAUUUGGCAAGGCAUGCGGUUGGCUGUUUCCUUACAAGAGGAGACCUCUGGAUCAGCUGGGAAGAGGGAAUGAAGGUAAUAAUAACCUUGUAUUCACAAAGGUAAACCAUAGACAACAUCAGUUUUUACACUGCCAAUUUUCUGCGAUAAAAAUGAGAAAAACCAUAGCCAGUUCCAGGCUUGGAGUGAGUUUUCACAUUUGCUUCUCCUAUAUUCUCAUAUAAAUGUAAAAUAUUUUUAACUCUAUACAUGUAGUUUGAUUUUAGGAAUUUGUUGCAGCCUGAGAGAACAGCCAACAUUUUGUGACACCACCACUGCUUUCCCUGCAAUAUGACAUCUGUAGAAAGAGCACAAAUUCAAUACUGAUGAUGUCUCACUACCCACUUGGUAGUGGUUUUGAUUGGUCGUGCUGCGAAGGAAAUUUCCUUCAACCAAUCAGAAGUACUACCUAGGUCGGAUCUUCUCUGUAAUUUAGGCACCCCUUGGCAAAGCAUUGGUUGACAAAUCAACUGGCUUGUCAACCAAACUCCAUCGACACGCAGUUGAGUGUCGGUUGAUAUGCGGCUGAGUAUAUUGACCAAUAUGUUGGCCAGUGUGUCAGCUGACAUGUGGAGGAAGCGUCGGCUGACAUGAGUAUUGGUUGAGAGUCAGUUGAUAUGUUGGCUGGUAUGUUGACUGACACUCCAUCUAUAUUUGGUUGGUAUGUUGGUCGAAACUUAGUUCAUAUGUUCUUAUGAGCUGUUGGUGGAACGGCUGAAGGUUGGUGGCCUAUCGAUCAAUAUGUCAACCAACAUACUGACCAACACUAACAGCCAGGAUUUGGUCAACAUUUUGGCCAAUACAUGAUUGGCAUAUAGGCUGACAUGUUGACCAACACUCAGCCGAUUAAUGUCAACCAACAUAUCCACCGACAUGUCGACCAAUAGUUGGUUGAUGAAUAAUAAUGUUAUUGUCUGAGUAUCGACCAAUAUGUCAACUGACUAUCAGCAGAUAGUGUCGACCAAUACUCAGCCAUGGGGUGCCUAAAUUACACAAGAUCACCCAGGUCUGGGCAGUGACACAUCAUUAGUACAGAAAUUUUUCAGUCAUUCCUCAGACAGCAUUUUGUGGGGAAACCUGUGGUAGGGUCUCAAAUUGUUGGCUGUUUUCUCAGGCUAAAUUUGUCCCUAAUUUGCCCCCACAUCUUGGUCAACAUUCAUUGUGUACUCUCUUAGAUGGCUAUUUUUUUAAUGAUGUGAUGGCACUUAAAUGUGUUAUUUUUAUGAAAGUGGAAAUGAUCCUUGUAGUUGAAUAAACAACCUAAGUGGUUGAAAAAGAAUGUGAAAAAAUCAGACAUCACAAUGGCCUGCUCUCCAGUCGGCUUGAUUUGCUUAAUGGAUAGAGCAUUGCACCCGGUCAUCGUAAAGGUCAGGGUUAGAUUUCCGGUCAAGCCUAAAUUUUUUCAGAUUUAAUUUUCAUAUAGUCAUUUCAUGUAUUUCCAUUCAUGUAUUAGUUUUGCUUAUGCUGAUUACAGGUGUUUGAGAAGUGGCUGUUAGAUGCAGAGUGGAGUCUGAAUGCAGGAAACUGGAUGUGGUUAUCAUGCAGUGCAUUUUUCCAGCAGUUCUUUAACUGCAUUUGUCCAGUUGCAUUUGGAAGGAAGCUGGAUCCAAAUGGCGACUAUAUAAGGCUAGUAAAAAAUUUCUUGACAUUCAUUAUCAAAAUGUUAAAUGCCUUCCAAUUAGACAAUAUCCUAUUAUUUUACUUUCACGUUGUUAAACUCAUAGAAAACUGGAAAGCUUUGCUUUUAAGUUAUUUUAUAACAGCAACAAAAGAAUCAAGUUUGCUGUAAGUGAACCACAAUGGUAAACAUACUUAGGGUGUUGAAAGAAUACUCUAAAAAGACAUGUUUAAAAAAAUUCACAUUGGCUUUGUGGUUUUGUAAUGCAAAAGUUUGGCUUCUCCCAACUUUCCACAUGAAGGCAGCCAACAUAAAAGCUGGUACUGCCUAGCCUGCUCAACAGACAAAAGUGAACCUCUGGUUAAGGCCUGGUUCAAAUGUCGAAUUUCACAUGUGCUGAACUUAAUGCAAGAGGUAAAUGCAUGUGAAGUGUGAUGUUUGAAUCAAUUAAAUUCGACUGUUUAAAUUAAAUGCAAUGUUUGCCAUAUCUGCGACUGAAAUAGUCGAAGAUUCGACUUAUGUUCAACUUUUGAUUUAAACGUCACUUUUCACAUGUUAGUUUCACCUCUGGUCAUGGACAGUGGUUAGUUGAAAAGUUGUCAUGACCCACAGCAGAUUCUCAGUUUAUAGUUUUCUAACCUAUUAUGGAAAAUGAGAUACUGCCAGCAGGAAACUUCUUAGUUCUAGGGUACUGAAAGCUAAAAUGGUCUUUUCCAAAAUGUACAGCUAUCACCCUGGUUGUUAUUAUUUAGGAUCUAGUCCCCUACCACCCGGCAGGAAAUGAAGCAAAGGACAAAGUUUUCUUUUCUCUGCAUGACUGAUUUUAGCAAAUGAUUUAUGGUUCAUGGAAGGUAAAAGUAGUAGAUAGGAAGAUUGCAAUGGUGAGGGGCUUGGACACACCAUGGAUGAGGCUAUAUAUAUUGGCACAGAGACCUCCUGAUCUGUACCGAGCUAGAAGGCACGUUGCUCGAUCAGAAUAUGCGACCAUUCCCCCCAAUCCCCUCUCUGUUCAGGCACAGGGUACUAGAUAAGAAAAAAAUCACUAUGAUUAAAUUCAAGCCAAAAACACUAUUUCUAAGAUUGGAUGUUGUUGCAGCUUUUGUUAAACAAAUUUUGAACAGUCAGUUGCGUGCUGUGGUGAUGGUCAUUGAAAGACUCAGCAGGCAGUUCAAAAACAACAACUAACAACAAGCUUUAUUUACAUUUCGCUUUAGAAUAAUAGUUACAGAAGGUAGUUUAGCCUAACGGUCAGUCACAUGCAGUGUAAUAAAAGGAAAACUAAAAAUACAUUACACGUAAGGAAAUUACUAGGAUCUAGUUAGAUACUAGUCUUGUAUUGUUACAAAUUAAUAGAUCAGCAUAGUCACAGUGAUAGUUGUGAUAAUAUUGGAAGUAUGUAUGCUUUGUGCCUACAUUUUAAUAUGCACGUGCUUGUUAUAUAAUUUAUUUAUUUAUAUAUUCAGUUUUGCUUGUGUUAGCUUUGUUUGUACUUUCUGGUUUGAAUACAUCAAAAGUCUGUUUGCUUGAUACUUGUUUUACGCUAAAUUUUGUUGUGUUAUUUCAAUAUUCAUUAACUGUUUGUGAGUACAUUGAUCUCAAAACAAGUAAUAUUUGCUGGAAAUGAACAUGCAGAGCAGGAAAAAGUUUGUCCUCUGCUAUUACAAGGCCAUGAUUGCCUAUGAGGUUUUUGUUAAUUAUUCUAAACCUCUCUUCUAAGAAACACUUUUUGGUGAAUUGUUUUCAGAAAAUACCUGCCAGUCCUGAAAGGAUUUCCAUCAAAAUACAUCCAUGCUCCAUGGACAGCCCCAGAGAGUGUGCAAAAGGCGGCCAGAUGCGUCGUUGGAAAGGACUACCCCAAACCCAUUGUGGAUCACACAAAAGUCAGCACAGCCAAUCUGGAGAAAAUGAGAAAUGUCUUUAAGGCAUUGUUGUGUUACAGAGACCCACGUAAGCACCAGAAUAACAGAAGGCCUCCAAUCUAGUCUCUCUUUGUUAAACUAUACUAGUCAAUUUGGAAAGUCAAAUGCAAUAAUAUUGAAUUGACUAGAAAAGGUAUUGACAGUUUUCUAUAACAUUUGAAGACCAUUUAGUUAACAAAAAUGUUGUUGUUAUUUGGGGAAAUGCUCCUCGCAGUUUCUGUGACAUCUUAACUGUUUUUAGCGGUCAGCACAGCGGUUCCAAUCCAGCAAUAUAUUUUAUCCUCAAAUAGAUUCUAUUAACACCCGGUCAUUUUUAACAGAUCCCGAUCCCAAACUUUUUCUCCUUGGUUUGUGUUCAACUCCUCCUUUUCUUCCUUUAAUUACCCUUCAGUUCUUUCCCACCUCCUAUCUACCAUUUCUUCAAGUCUUGUUGCAUGCCCAAUACCAUCGACACGUUUUAUUCGUUUGUUCGUUUGAAUGUUUUCUGAGCGUUACUUUCCCUGUUGGCAACCAAAAAUCACUCUAUUCAAAUUAGCAACCAGACAAUCAUGUUUCGCGUCUUACCUUUAUGUGUGCUUUUGUGAUUAUUUAAUGGUCUGAAAACGAAUCAGCGCGAAGAUUUGAAAGAUCAGGGAAGCAAUAAUUUUGCCACCAGCCGCCAUUUUAAUUCUGGAGGUUACGUCGUAUACGCUGCAUUGAAAUGUAUCAUGUAAAUUAGAAUGAACCAAUCUCAUGUGUGUUGUCGUCUUUUUUUUUUUCGACUUUUUCAGCAUCUGUUGUGUCUGCAGACAAGCCGGACAAUAAUGAAGAUUCACAGGCGAAUUUAAAACAACAAAUGCUUACCCUGGAGGACAAAGAAAACUGAUAUGAAUCUUAUCUGACUGCUCAGUGCUUGUUUGACAGUUUGAGAACUGUUUGGUUUAGCUAUCAAUGUUAUUUAUGGACCCAUACAAUAGCCAUUUACCUGGGGAGUUCAAAAACAAAGACCAGAGAAAAAGAAAAAUUUAAAGAGACUUCAGGAAACUAGUAUAACAAAAAUGAAAAGAAAAGUUUCGAAAAAAAGGCAAAGAACAAGGAACUUUCUUAUUUCUCGCGAAGAAACUAAACGAAACGUAUGCAGGCUAAGUUUCUGUAUAAAUUGCUGGUUGUUGUCUGAUUCCUCCACGUCUGUGGGUCAGAAGGUGUAUGUAAGUCUGUUUCGUUUCAUAAUAUUCCCAUAAUUUUACUAUCAAAGAUGUGUCCAUUUAUUGUAACAAACAGUUAUGACGAUAUGAUGUGUUUCAUGAGUAAUUUGGUAGAACAGUUGUUUUGAAACAGAUUUUAAAUUACUCACUCUUAGUUAUUUGUAGGUAUUCGUAUUUUCUUGAUAGUAAAUUCUUUGCAACAGGCAGAAAAAUCCUAAAGAAUGUAAUUCCCCUCCCCCCUCAAAAGUAAUUAUUGUUAACUGCAUUGAUUUAUCAAUUAUUAAAUAUUUAUUAAUCUUAGAUUGACCAUAAAUGGUUAAUUAUUCAUUCCAAUGGACACUUGUUCAAUUUUCUACGUGUAUGCGUUUGUGUAAUAAAUAGUUUUAUAAGAAAUAUAAUUAUCCUUAUUGUGUGUGUGUGUUGUUGUUGUAAUACUGGUAGCAUAUCAGGUCAUAUCAUGGCACUGGGACAUUGUUGAGAGUAGCAUUAAAAACCGUUCAAAAAUGGCAUAAUA